AACGACGAGGUGUACCUGACGCUUCUCUGGAAGAGGGCGCCCAAGAAUGCCUGAUCGCUUUCAGAACGCCUGAUCGCUUCUGGAAUGCCUGACUGCUUCUCUCAUGUGCCUCAAGAAUGCCUGCUUCAUAACAUAACAUAAUAGAAGGGGAUGCUGAUGCCGCUCUGCAAGAACAUACUCAACAAUGCCUCAGAGACAAUGGAUAUCAUGCAGAGAAAUAGCAUUGCAUUCCACACGCACCAGGGCCGGGGUCAGUGCCGCCGCGGCAGAGGAGGACUCACCUCUUGUCUCACGAUUACUCAGCCCUCGGACGGAUGCUUCAUCUCUGCUUCGGCACGGCGUCUCCCCGUCUCCAACGUCUCCUGGUCUUCAGAGCAGCGCAGAUCGAGACGAACGUCGACAGCCCGCGUUCGUCUCUCGUCUCUCGCGCUCGUCUCGCUCUCGUGACUGUCCACCUAACCUUCCCGCCUGCCUCUCUCUCUCGUCUUCACGUCUCGCUCUCGUCACUGCCCAUCUCGCGUACGUCUCUUUGUCUCUUUGUCUCUACGAAUCUCGCUCUCGUCUACGCAGCUCGCUCGUUCGCAUCUCGCUCGCUCCACGCCACUCUGCGUCACUUGGCGCCAUCUGGCGCGCCUCCUUUCCGGCGGGGAUCAGGGACACCACUUUUGUAUUUCUGAAACGGCUUCGCCUUUUCUUUUCUUCUUCGAAGGGGGACACGAUUUGGAGGAGGGGGACAACGGCACCGAUAGACGGCUGAAAGUGGGUCAGGAAGGGAAAAGAAGGGGGAGGAGCCACCUUACCAGGUCGCAGCCAGCCAUCCAUCACUCGUAGUCGCGCUCACGGCGCGGCGGGGGGCUGCGGCUCUCGUAGCGGCUGCCAC